AUGGGGUCACUAGCAAAAGAGAAGAAACCUCAUGCAGUGUGUAUCCCAUUCCCAGCACAAGGCCAUGUAACUCCCAUGCUAAAGCUUGCCAAGCUUCUGCACUCCAAUGGCUUCCAGAUAACAUUUGUGAACACUCACUUCAACCACAAGCGUCUUCUCAAGUCCCGGGGUGUCUCCUCCCUCUCCGGCGUCCCUGGUUUUGACUUUAAGUCUAUCCCUGAUGGCUUGCCGCCGUCCAAUGAGGACGCGACACAAGAUGUCCCUGCACUCUGUGAAUCGGCCACCAAUAAUUUCUUGGCUCCGUUCCUUGACCUUUUGGGGAACCUCAAUCAUGAUCCCCCUGUUUCUUGCAUAGUUUCUGAUGGUGCUAUGAGUUUCACUCUUGAUGCUGCUAAACAACUUGGUGUUCCUGAGGUCUUGUUUUGGACUACAAGUGCUUGUGGUUUUAUGGGGUACCUUCAUUAUCAGCACCUUAUUGAUCAAGGCCUUGUCCCUUUAAAAAAUGAAGAAGAUCUCACUAAUGGAUAUCUAGACAUGCAUAUCACCACAGUACCAGGGAUGGAUAACAUGAGGUUGAAGGAUUUCCCAUCCUUUGUGAGAACCACAAAUCCUAAUGAUAUUAUGCUCAACUACUGCAGGCAAGAAACCAUGAGGGCGUCCAUGGGAUCCGCUAUCAUCCUUAACACCUUUGAAGAAUUAGAAGGACAAGUCCUUGAUGCCAUGAGGUCCAUACUCAAACCUCCUAUCUUCACUAUUGGCCCUCUCUCCUUGCUCAAUAACAAUAUGAUCAAGGAUGCUGAGUUAUACUCAUCACUAGGCUCAAACCUAUGGAAAGAAGAGUUGGGUUGUUUUGAAUGGUUAAAAGGAAGAAAGGAAGCAUCAGUGGUGUAUGUGAACUUUGGGAGUAUCGCAGUGAUGAGCAAUGAGCAUUUGGUUGAGUUUGCAUGGGGGUUGGCCAACAGCAAACUGGACUUUUUGUGGGUUAUAAGAGGAGACCUGGUGAAGGGUGACAGUGCAGUGCUUCCUCAAGAGUUCUUGGAGGAGAUCAAUGGGAGAGGGAUGCUGGCAACUUGGUGUCCUCAAGAGGAGGUGCUCAACCACCCGGCCAUAGGUGGCUUCUUGACACACAGUGGAUGGAACUCUACUAUUGAAAGCAUCGUCGCCGGAGUUCCGAUGAUUUCUUGGCCAUUCUUUGCUGAACAACAGACAAACUGCAGGUAUGUUUGUGUGGAAUGGGGUUUGGGGAUGGAGAUUGAUAGUGAUGUGAAGAGAGAUGAGGUUGAGAAACAAGUUAGAGAGUUGAUGGAAGGGGAAAAAGGUGAAGAGAUGAGAAAGAAGGCCAUGGAGUUGAAGGAGAAAGCCUUUAGAUCAACUGAACCAAGUGGGACUUCUACAGUUAACUUUGAGAAGUUGGUUCAUGAAGUCCUUCUCUCGACCAAGUCAAAGGCUAUCAAAUGAUGAUGCUUUUUUAUUGAAUUUCAAUGUUUGUACUGUUAACUUCUACAAGUUGGUUCAUGGAGUUCUCCUCUCCACCAAGUGAAAGUUAUCGAUCGAGUGAUCAAUAAUGAUGCCUUUUUGUUGAAUUUCAA